ACCGCCUUCGAGUCUCUCAUCGAUCAUGUUGUUCGUCAAAAUCCAUUGAAAAAAGUUCCAUUGUUUCUCCCGCUUUUGGCUUACGCUGCUCAAGUGUAUUUAGCCUUUCAAUUGCCAAUUUAGGAAAAAAGGAAAACGAAUUCGUUGUAUCGGAAUUGUAAAAAUAUGAGAAUUCGGAAUCAAGAUGCUGCCAAAUUGACGACCACGAGAAAGACGCCGUCGGCGAGGAAAUCUGCUGCAAAAACUCCAUCCAACUCAACAGAUGCUACUGCUGCUGCGGAAUCGACGUUUGUGAAAACGGCUGGGACAAAGCAGGGCUCCACAGCCAAAGCGAAGCAAAUGAAGAAUAAUGAAACGUCACCUGUGACUAUCGAUGGCUCUGAUUCUAAUCUUGAACGAUCAGCAGGUAUGAUGGAGGACUCUUUUGAAGAAGUUAAACCAUUAGCUGAAGCUACUAAAUUGACACCAGAGACCAAAGUUACAUCAGGCACUAAAUUAGUAGCAAAGAGAACACCUGGGAGACCGAAAACAGCUGCUUCUGCAAAAGCAAAGGCUGUCUCCAAGAAGACAGUGAAUUUAGGGGAAACAGCCAAGGAGGUUGUAGAAUCACCAAGGAGGUCUGGAAAAAAGGAUUUGGAGUGUGGAAAGAAAGCGGAACUUGCUUUUGAAAAGGUUGGAGAACCAGCGGAAAGAGUAAACGUUGAUGAAGCUGAAAUGAAAGAAAUUUUGGAGGGGCAAGAAACUGUUGGAAAAGAUUAUGGAAAGUCUACAGUGGAGGAGGAUGUACCUUGUGAGGAAGAAAGUGAAGAGUAUGUAAUGAAAGAGCAGUCACAACAAGUUAGUGGUAAGGAGCCAAAGGUUUUGGACCUUAAUGAAGAAGGAAGCAGCAAAGGUGAGUUGCAUAGAGAAUGUGUGCAGAUGGAGCAGGAUAGGUAUGGAGGUAUUGAUGAGUUGGAGGAGUACGCUGACAGAGUGGAUUUUGGAGAUCAUGAUGAUGAAGACCUUGCAGAUGAUGAUGUAGAGGAACCUAUUGAAGAAACUGAGGCAUUCGAACAGGAGCGCAAAGAACUAACCGCCAUUGCAAAAGAACGUAAAAUUAAGAAAGAGCAUGAGAUUUUUGUUGGUGGAUUGGAUCGAGAUGCUGUUGAGGAGGAUUUGAGACAGGUUUUUGAGAAAAUUGGUGAAGUUGUUGAAGUCAGGUUGCAUAGGAAUCCAACAACCAACAAGAACAAGGGAUAUGCGUUUGUGAAAUUUGCAAAUAAAGAGCAUGCAAAGCAUGCAUUGCUAGAAAUGAAGAACCCUGUGAUAUGUGGGAAGCGAUGUGGGACAGCACCUAGUGAAGACAAUGACACAUUGUUUUUGGGCAAUAUUUGCAAUACAUGGACAAAGGAAGCUAUCAAACAAAAGCUUAAAGAAUAUGGUAUUGAAGGUGUUGAAAAUACUACUCUUGUCCCAGAUGUUCAAAAUGAAGGGUUGAGCCGUGGUUUUGCAUUUUUAGAGUUCUCUUGCCAUACUGAUGCCAUGCUUGCAUACAAAAGACUUCAGAAGCCUGAUGUUGUUUUUGGACACCCCGAAAGAACUGCUAAAGUAGCUUUUGCAGAACCUUUACGUGAGCCUGAUCCAGAGAUAAUGGCCACAGUGAAGACUGUAUUUCUCGAUUCACUUCCUCCUCAUUGGGAUGAAGACCGUGUGAGGGAAAAACUCAAAGGUUAUGGGGAGAUUGUGCGAAUUGUAUUGGCCCGGAACAUGUCAACUGCUAAGAGAAAGGAUUUUGGAUUUGUUGAUUUCUCUACCCAUAAUGCUGCUACAGCUUGUGUAGAUGGUGUGAAUAAGACACAGCUGGAUGAUGGGAACUCAAAGUCAAAAGUCAGAGCAAGGCUAUCAAAUCCAAUGCCUAAAACACAAGCUAUAAAGGGUGGAAUGUGUGGUGGAUUUCGAAUUGGAAGUGGAAGCAAUGGCUCAUUUUCAAGAUUUGGGAGAGGUUUUGGGCGAGUUGGACAUCGCUUUAACUCGAAAAGUUUCCAACAUGGCCGCUAUUUCUAUCAACAUGAACGUGGUCGAACUAGUAGAAUGGGUGCAAAUGAGCAUGACUAUGACGAUCGAUAUUCUGAGUACCAUGGAAGGCAUAUAAUGGGUCAAGGAGAAAGAAGGGGUUCUUUCGGUGAUGCUUAUCAUGGAUCCAGUAGAGAUGCUCCAACUGUUGGCCCUUCAAGAUAUAAUUUCAGUAGGUCUUGGUAUGAUGUCCCUGACAGAGCAUGGAGGGAGCACGGUCCACUUAGGAGGCAACCAUUUUCCCCUGAACGUGUCUUUGACAGACCUUAUGGUGGAAGGCAAUAUGAUGAUCCUUAUUAUUACGAUGAACGUGCACAUGGCAUGAAGAGGCCGUUUUAUAUGACAGACCAUGAUCCUGAAUACAUGGAGCCUCAUAGAAUCCGUCCACGAUUGGAGCAUCCGUAUCCAGAAGUCCCAUUUCAUGAAACCCGCCAUCGUGACACUCAUGCAGCUGGUAGUGGUCUCUACUCCCAUGAUUAUUAUGGUUCUGAUUAUGGUGCAUAUCCACCAUACUGUGGGGCUGAUCGUUCCUAUGGUGGCGGCUACUAGUAGUGGGCUGAAGAACUGUCGAUGCAGCACAUUGGUGAUGGACAGAGGCUUACUGUUGAAAAAUGCAGUUGAAGCUGCCUUUUCAUUUUGUUUCUAUUUUUGGGUUUUUUUAUCUGUGUUUCUUAUGCUCCUACCUCUUUUUUUCCUUAGAUCUCUUUCUAUUAAUUUUAAACAGACCUAAAGCUUUGAUGUGUCUACCGUAGGUUGUCUCUUAGGGACUUAAUAAAGAAACUGGUGCAAUUUAUGUACAAUGGAGAUUGAGGAUUUCUGAUACAGUUUACCAUACUGAAUAGUAUAUGGAAAUAGACUUCCUGGUAUGUUUAUUGUUGAGGUAAUGGAUCAAACAUAUCUACUAGUGA